AGAGCUUGAGUGGAUGGCGGUGCGCCGGGGCGAACCCAAAAAAACGAGAGAUUUAAACAGUGUCGUUAGCAUUAGCCGUUAGCCGCCUCCUCCCCCGUUAUAGGCCCGCUGCGGAUGGGUGAGGGCAUCAAACAUUUACGCGCUGUCAGCCACGGUGGAAACGAGAGGCGAACCGCCGCCACCGCUGCCUGGGUCCGCUGAAAGCUGCCCUGAAUUGAUGCCAUUUGACGGCACGUAAACAGAACCACACCGUCGCCUUCAGCCGGGUAUCACCGGGGUUUGCUGCCAUCCUGCGCCCCCCCUUCCGUCCAUCCAUCCAUCCAUCCACCCAUCCGUCCCAUGGAGUCUCCCCCUCCCUCAUCCCUCUUCCUCUCCCCUCUAGGCUGGAACGCGGAAAGUCAUCCCGAUUUGAUGGGAGCAGCAGGGCCGUGCAGGCAUGGGCACAUGAGAACCAGGAAAUGCCUAUAGAGGGAAUGCAUUGUGUGCCAGCUGCACCAGUGACUCCACAGUAAUCAUUCUGAAAGCCCUCUGCUGUGUUUUUUCAGCGGCAGAACCGGAUCAACUGGAAAGUGCUCAGACAAAUUAAGAAGUUCUGAAACACCCUUUGGUGGUGUGCCUAGGCGCACCAUGGCCCAGACCCUCCAGAUGGCGAUCCCGAACUUUGGCAACAACGUUUUAGAGUGUCUGAACGAGCAGCGGCUGCAGGGCCUCUACUGCGAUGUCUCCGUGGUGGUCAAGGGCCAUGCCUUUAAGGCUCACCGAGCUGUUCUGGCUGCAAGCAGUUCUUAUUUCCGGGACCUGUUCAGCAGCAGCGGCAACGGCGGAGGUAGCGGCAGCGGUGAUAACAGCCCCGCUGUAGUGGAGCUUCCACCGGCUGUGCAGCCCCACAGCUUCCAGCAGAUUUUGGCUUUCUGCUAUACAGGUCGCCUCAGCAUGACCGUAGGGGACCAGUUUCUCCUCAUGUACACUGCUGGCUUCCUGCAGAUCCAACAGAUCAUGGAAAAGGGCACCGAAUUCUUCCUCAAGGUAUCCUCCCCUAGUUGUGACUCUCAGGGCCUUCACGCAGAAGAGGCCCCACCCUCUGAGCCGCAGAGCCCUGUAACACAGACCAGUAACAGCGCAGCGCGGCCCGCCUCCUGCCUGACGCCGCUCCCUCUGGUAUCGAGAGUGAAGACGGAGCAGCCAGGCAACCAACCAGAAGCAGCCACUCCCUAUUCUGUGGUCUGCACUCCCGUAGCCAAGCGGCUGUGGGAGGGCGGCAGCAGCCGGGACGGGGGCGGGUUAGGCUCAGGUGGAGGAGGAGGAGGGGCCCGGAAGGCAGCCCGUUAUUCCCAGGAGGCGGUGCGGGGGAGCGCUAUCCAGAGCCCCGGAGCCCUCGGUCUGACCAUGGGCAUGGGUGCCACCACGACCGGCCUGGCGGGCGUGGUGGCCGGCGGCGGGGUCAGCGGCAGCACCAACGGGAGCUCUGCGACGGGGCUCGGCAUAUCAGAAGGCGCCAGCCCCGGCACCCUGAGCACCUACGCUAGCGACUCACCCAUCAGCUACCACGACGAUGAAGAAGAAGAAGAGGGGACGGAUGAAUGUGCUGAGGAGCAGUACAGGCAAAUCUGCAAUAUGUACACCAUGUACAGCAUGCUCAACAUGGGAGCUACAGCUGCAGGUGAGCGUGUUGAGGCCCUACCAGAUCACACAGAGACACGGGGUCGGAUGCGAGGCCGAGAUCUCACAUGUCUUCCCGCAGAACUCAUCGCUCAGAUCGGCAACCGCUGUCAUCCCAAACUGUACGAGGAAGGAGACCCUGCUGAGAAACUAGAGUUAGUCUCAGGUACUUCAGUGUAUAUAUCGCGAGCCCAGCUAAUGAACUGUCACGUGAGCGCUGGGACCAGACACAAGGUGCUGCUGAGGAGGCUGCUGGCCGCCUUCUUUGACAGGAAUACUCUGGCCAACAGCUGCGGAACCGGGAUCCGCUCGUCCACUAAUGACCCGAGCCGCAAGCCCCUGGACAACAGAGUGCUCCAUGCGGUCAAAUUUUAUUGCCAGAACUUUGCCACCAGCUUCAAAGAGAGUGAGAUGAAUGCUAUCGCGGCCGACAUGUGCACCAACGCCCGACGCGUGGUCCGCAAGAGCUGGAUACCCAAGCUAAAGCUACUGAUGGCCGAGAGCGACGCCUACACCGCUUUCCUUCCCGACGGCGUCAAGACGGAGGACGACGCCCUGGGGGCUGACGCGCCGUUCGACCCCGCCUCCUUGGAGGCGACCGCCGGCGCUGGCAUGGAGUCGGGCGGCUCCUCAGGUGAAUCGCUACCGGGCGUGGGCGGGGAUGGAGCGCCGUUAUUUUGAACAUUGUGCCCGGGGGAGGGGAAGGCUGAAUUUUGGUGACGCACAUGCCAGUAUUCCCCAGUUGUGCUUGCCUCCUCACUUUUUUUGGCCCACGCUGAUCUCUCACAUCUUGACUGUCUAUACUACACUGCUAGGGUCAACGGUUGUUGCCCUAAUGUAACCAGGACGUGAAAACUUAAACUUUUGCUUUAUGACUGUAUAAUGGGGUUAGUUGAGGAAAGGGAGAGCGUACGAGGGUUUUCUCCCGACUGCCCUCUGCCUCCCCUUGUCUUUUUAAGGUGUGUAAGCGCAUCCACUGUUGCAUAUUAAAUACAUUCCCUGAGGUGCAGGUGGUGGGGGGAGUUCCCGGUGCAGACAGAGGAGGAAGUAAGGGAUGGCUGGAUGAAACGGAGUUUAUUGAAUGUAAGUGUCGGUGGCAUUUUUCUCUAUGCAAGCCUGACAACUUGUACUCCAGCCUCGGGGAAAGGAAACAAAAUCUAAACCGUUAUUAAAAUGAAUUAACACUACCUGCUCUUCCUCCCCUCGCAUCUUCCACUCAUCACCCCGCGAGUAUUCUUCAACCCACCUCACCUUUCUCGAGACCAGAGAAUCUCACUUGAGUGUUCCACUGUGCCGUGUCUUAUAUCUCAUCUAUUGUCUCUGUUUUCUAAAUUUCUAGCGGGUUUGUCAGUCUACGAACUGCAAAAGUGGUCCAGAGAGAACAGGAAACGCUUUUUACUAAGAUGAUUGUAAAGAAAAGCGAAGGGCAACAGGUGAUUACAAAGAUGGUCAUAUUUUUAGAAGUCAAACUAUAUUUAUACAAGUGCCCAUGCCUAGAAUGGUGUGAGGAAAGAGAGCGAGAGGGAUUGUUUUAAAAUCUCCAUAUUCAGCUUUUAAUGAAAGAGGUCUUGUCAAACAAGGAAAAGAGCUAUUUUUGCAGGAGUAUUAUAAAUCAGUCUUACUGCAGGUCAUUUAUUUUUAUCUUUAUUUCACAGUGAACGUGGUGAAAUGAGCAGUUAAACUGCUAAAUUUUGACACAUUUCAUCUUCCGUUCGCCGGCUUAAAAGGAACAAUAAGACUGUUUCAGCUGGCUUGACUGUGUCUCCAAGGACCUUUUCAAUGUCUGCCUCCGUUGAAGAAAAACUGACCCACAAUCUAAAGGUUACACUGAUCUGACAGCUGGGCUGGUUUUGGCUUUAAAAUUACUGAAUAUGACCGCACAUGCAAAAGUUACACGAAAUAAGCAGAACCUAUUGGAAUGUGCCUUUUUAAAUGAAACAAAGAGCAGAAUUUGGCAGGUCUGGUGACCGUGAGGAGGCAAAGUCGCUCGAAGCGAACAAGUUAUAUGGUACUAUCUGUGUGUGUGACGUGCAGAUGUGUCUUUGUGUAUGCAGUUUAUUCAUGUUUCGAAUGCACCACCUCUUUAAUCUGGAAAUUGUUCUUUUGUUUUUUUUUAAAUCUGAAAUGAUUUUGCACCUUCCAUGAGCGCUAGAGUGGUGGUUUCUGCACCUUAAUGAGAAGAACCAGUGGUUCAUGCACCUUUUGAGAAAUGUUGUGUAGCAAUCAAACCCCUAUAGGUGGAUUAUGAUUCUGUUUUUCCCCCUACCAUGCCUAUUUCUUGUUUAGAGGUGGCACAAACUUCUACUGUAAAUAAUUAAGAAGACUGUUGAGUUAAAUCCCAAGUGUUCUUCCUUUCUGUUGCUGGAUGUGUCGACAACUGACAUUUUCUUUUUUUUUUUCUUUUUUUUUUUCUUUUUAUGUGGUGUUUGCUAGAAAAUCUUUGGAUGCAUGUUGACCCCAAGACACGGGUCAAUACAGGGGAUACAUUAUUCUCAAGUUUUCAGGUUCUCAUCUGGAAUGGCGGGUUCAGGUACAACCAGGAAAAAGAUUCAUGCUUCCUAUUGAGUCUGAAACUGCUCCCAGUCUGCAUUAUAGCGCAACCGGUUCUCAUUAUUGUUUAAAAUUACAGACUUGACUUUAGAUGGGCGAUACGCUGUCAGAACAAAAAUGCAGUACCGUGUGAGUAUUCAGGAAGGGCAAUAACAAAAGAAACCUCAGAUUUACAUUUGACUGUAGAUGCCACUCGAGCACCUCCCCCACAUACCUCUCUAGUCCCUUUUGAAGACUGUUGUGCUUCCUGUCCCUUUGUGCAGCUGGUGUCAUGUUUCACUUCCACAAGUUUAUUCAUGUGUUUCAGAGAGAGGCAAAGCAGCGGUUUAGGCAGUUCGGUCUGAAUAUUAUGUCUGUGUCUUUCAUUUGUUUAGCGGCUCGCAGGAGUUUUAGUUUCACACUUUUUUGUUUUUUUUGGCGGUAUGAUGAUACAGAAAGAUCUGCCAGGUGUGUGGAACGUAAUCAGCUAAAACAUUUUAUCAUGUUACAGUGAAGAUCCUUCGGGUUAAAAGGCAGUGCACCAAAAAAAGAAAAGAUAUAAAAUAAAGAUAUUAAAGUUCAGACUUGAUCGUGUAAGUUGGCAAACUAAAUGAUUUGUACUCUCAUCUUCUGAGUCAUUAACUGACUCUGAGCAAAUCCAAAUUCAGAAAUGUCCACCAUUGCACCACUGACUGUUAGUCAGAAUAUCCUAGUUCAGAGCUGCUGUUGCAAUCAGUUCAUGUGGAAGUAAGUGUUGAUAUGGUACAUGUCAGGGGCUUUACCUACAGUUAGCUUUCAGGGCCAAUCUUAGUAAAUGUCUCGUCAAAAAAGUCCCUCACUCACAACCUACUUGCACAGUUCUUCAUCCUCAACAGGUUGUGUCUGUGUUUUACUUUUUCUUUCUCCCCCCCAAAGCAAACUGCUUCAUUCAUGUGUUUACACUUCGCACAUCAUGUAGACCUACACACUUGAAUGGAUGAGGUGUGGCAUGGCAUGGGGAACCUUUUGUCACUAAACCGUACAUAUAUACAUAUGAGUAUAUAGGUAAAUAAUGUAUAUUAUAUAUAGACGCACACAUAGAGGUCAGAUUGUUUGUUGUGCACUCGCAGCAUGAGGUAUAUAUUUACCCAGAAACAGCAGCUUCUCCACGGCCCGUGCAGUAACUGGUCGGCCCCACGUCUUUGCCCCUGCUCCUUGGCCUCUGUAACCCCGUAGCGCCACUGGACCUCCUGUACUGCUCAUCCUCUUCUUUCUGUGUUCCAAGUGCCAAUAACUUCGUGAAAGCCCUGUAACUGUGACCCGACAUUAUCAAAGGUAAUUGCACAUUAACAACUGUAAAAUAAACAAAUACAAAUCAUAGAGAAAAUGACAAAAUGGAUUAAAUAAUGAAUAUCUUAAUAAAAGAUUUGUAACAA